UUCUGUUUCUUUCUUUCUUUCUGGUUCCUAUCUAAUCCAUCACACUCCCAACAGUGCUUUGGGCUUUCUCUUUAACUAACAAUAACUGGUAACCCUCUUACCACUCUCUCUCUCUCUCUCUAACUCAAAAACAUUCAUUUUUUUAAUUAUCUUCAGAGGUAUAGCAUAGUUCUCCCUCCUCAAUCAACGCUCAAAGAAUGAAUUCAUAGCCACCCCAUCAUUGAAGUUGGAGUCUUUUGCCAAUUGGGGUGGCGGAAAACGCUUCCAUGGAGUUCGGGAGUGAUGGGUUGGAGCAGAGUUGGUGGGCCAACAUGCCUCAGGAGCUUCUCAGAGAGGUUCUCCUCAAAAUUGAGUCGUCGGAGACCACGUGGCCACCCCGGAAGAACGUGGUGGCUUGCGCCGGAGUGUGCCGCACAUGGAGACACAUCAUCAAGGAGAUCGUUAAGCCACCUCAACUCUCUUCCAUCAUAACCUUCCCCAUCUCUCUCAAACAGCCUGGCCCGAAGGAGCACCUACUUCAGUGCUUCAUUAGGCGUAUCCGUGGCACCCAGACAUAUUAUCUAUUUCUCAGUUUAUCUGGUGCACUAGCUGAUGAUGGGAAGUUCCUUCUGGCUGCACGCAAGUUUAGACGCCCCACCUGCACGGAUUAUAUUAUCUCCUUGGAUGCAGAUGAUAUGUCCAGGGGAAGCAAUGCCUAUGUUGGGAAAUUGAGAUCAAAUUUUUUGGGAACCAAGUUCACAAUCUAUGAUAGCCAUCUGCCUCAUUCGGGGGCAAAGAUUACAAAGAGUCGCUCCACUAAGCUUGUGAAUCAAAAACAAGUUUCACCAAGGGUCCCUACUGGAAACUAUCCCAUUGCCCACAUCUCAUAUGAAUUGAAUGUGCUAGGCUCCAGGGGGCCAAGGAGAAUGCAUUGUGUGAUGGAUGCCAUUCCUGCUUCUGCAAUUGAACCAGGAGGUGUAGCCCCUGCACAGACUGAAUUUUCUGUAUGCAACAUAGAUACGCUUCCUUCAAUCCCAUUUUUCAAGACAAAGUCAACUAAUCUGGACAACUCCAUAUCUGGACACCUUGGUGAUAAAAAAGAUGAUGUGCUAGUGUUGAAAAACAAGGCUCCCAGGUGGCACGAGCAGCUGCAGUGUUGGUGCUUAAACUUUCAUGGGCGAGUGACGAUUGCUUCAGUUAAGAACUUUCAGCUGGCUGCUCUGCCAGAAAAUGGACAUGCUGGUUCACAAGAGGAUGAAGUUAUACUCCAAUUUGGAAAAGUUGGGAAGGACUUGUUUACAAUGGAUUACCGGUACCCUAUAUCAGCAUUUCAGGCAUUUGCAAUCUGCCUCAGCAGCUUUGAUACCAAGAUUGCUUGUGAAUGAUGCAUGUUUGAAGUAACUAUGGACAGAUUACAUGCAAGUGGCCUUCUGUUGCUGGAGCAAUAUGAUAAAAACUGUUUGCAAAGGUGCUUGGAAUUUUGGAUAGUUGUGAUCUGAAUUACAAGGACGGUGCUGCAGAUGGAUGGGGGAUGGUUCUGUCUCUUUUUCUGGGAUCAAGUUUCAGUUCUGGGUAGAUCACAUGAAAUUGGAAUGUAGCCUGCAUUUGUAUCUAGCUCCUCGUAGUGUGUGCCAAUAUUUUAAUUUUUCAUAGAUUUGCCUUCCAUUGGUAUAGUUCCAUUUAUAUUACCUGGACUUGGAUGAGGUGACGUUAUCAAUAACGGAAAUAACGUUUACAAAUUUUAUUGAACC